CACUCCCUCUCUCUCUCUGUCUCACUCGGUGUGAGCUCGCGGACGUGUGCGCGCGCGCGGCUCGGAAGAGCGGGAGUCAGAGAGGAAACACAAAACAGCGUUACAGCGCGCGCGGAGCAGGAAUGAAGGAAAUAAAGGAAUAAAAAGCGGAAAGUGAAGGAAAAGAGGAUAAAAACGGACGCGAAGGUGGUGAAUAUCUGCUCGGUGACACGCCACGGAGUACUCUGUGUGUGUGUGUUUCCCCCCCCCCUUCCUUCCUUUGAGUGAUUGAAAAGGACCGAGGAGUUUUUCUCUGGUUUCCCCCGCAGACGGAUGUGUGUGUGAGGUCGGUGUGAGUCCGGAGCGGAGAGCCGAUGAACUCAGCCCGGGGUGAAUAUAACCGAGACCCGGGAACUCACCCCCGGGGUGAAUAUAACUGCGGUAAAGAGAAAGAAAUCUGAACAGGCUGGAGAGUGCUGAGUGUGUCUCUGUGUUAAGUUGUUUCCGUGUGAGACUCCACACACACACACACACACACUAACUAACACACCAUGAUCUCCUGUUUUCCUUCUUGCUUGGACAUGCAGUGAUUAAACCCCAGUGUGUGUGUGUGUGUGUGUUCCAGCACAGUAACUGUCUUCAUGUGAACACACAGUGUAUAAACUCUGCAGAGCUGUUUUUAUUUAUUUAUUAUAUUAAUUAUAAUUUUUCUUUUGUGCUGGAUGUUCUGAUGAGGAAGAAGAGGAAACUCCACUGAUUGAACAAUCUUCCUGAUCUGAUACUCGGACCACGGGUUUGGAGUCCUGGUCCUGAGUGCAACUUCCUCAGGAACACAUUUACACACACCAUGAUGAUGAAAUCCUUCUAAAUUCCUUGUCCUAUGGACGAUCAUACAGAACCGUAGCUCGGAUUGUGUGGGGAAGCAACAUUUCUGACUUUUUUUUUUUUUUUUUUUGGAUACGCUUCGUUCUUCUUCUUCUUCUUCUUCUUCACGCUGUCACUAUGGAGGAGUGGAGACAAUGUGCCCGGUGGCUCAUCGACUGCAAGGUCUUGCCCCCGAAUCACCGGGUGGUUUGGCCCUCGGCUGUCGUCUUCGACCUGGCCCAGGCGCUCCGAGACGGCGUGCUCUUGUGCCAAAUGCUGCACAAUCUGUCACCCGGAUCGGUAGACCUAAAGCAGAUCAACUUCAGGCCUCAGAUGUCGCAGUUUCUGUGUCUGAAGAACAUCCGGACAUUCCUUAAGGUGUGCCAUGACAAGUUCGGCCUGAGGAACAGCGAGCUGUUUGAUCCCUUCGACCUGUUUGACGUGCGGGACUUCGGGAAGGUGAUCUCGGCGCUGUCCAGAAUCUCUCACCACAGCAUCGCUCAGAUCAAAGGCAUCAGGCCUUUUCCAUCAGAGGACACAGCGCUGAACGAAGAUGACGUCUAUCGAAGCUUGGAGGAGCUGGCCGAUGAGCAUGAUGUGGGUGAAGACGACAUUUACGACUGUGUGCCGUGUGAAGAUGAAGGAGAUGAUAUCUAUGAGGACAUCAUUAAGGUGGAAGUUAGGCAGCCCAUGAUCCGGUACAUGCAGAAAAUGGGCAUGACGGAGGACGACAAGAGGAACUGCUGCUUGGUAGAGAUCCAGGAGACAGAAGCGAAGUACUACAAGACGCUGGAGGACAUUGAAAAGAGCUACAUGAUCCCCCUGAAGCAAGUUCUGACUACACAGGAGAUGAAGGCCAUUUUUGUCAAUCUAGAGGAUAUCAUCAGAGUCCACUUCGCCUUGCUGAGGGCUAUCGACCAGAACAUGGUGAUUGGAGGCAGCGGGCUUGGAAAAAUCUUCCUGGACUUCAAGGAGAGGCUGCUGAUCUACGGACAGUACUGCAGUCACAUGGAGCACGCUCAGAAGACGCUGGACGACCUGAUCGCCACACGGGACGAGGUGAAGAGCAAAGUGGAGGAGUGCACCAUGAAGGUCCAGGAGGGCAAGUUCAAGCUGCAGGAUCUGCUGGUAGUUCCUAUGCAGAGGGUCCUCAAAUACCACCUCCUGCUCAAGGAGUUAGUGAGUCACUCGAUGGAUCGGCCAGAGAGACAGCAGCUGAAGGAGGCACUGGAAGCCAUGCAGGACCUGGCCAUGUACAUCAAUGAGGUGAAAAGGGACAACGAGACUUUGAAGAAAAUUGGCGAAUUUCAGUGCUCCAUAGAAAACCUGCAGGUGAAACUGGAGGAAUACGGAAGGCCAAAGAUAGACGGAGAGCUCAAAGUGUGCUCUAUAGUUAACCGGACCAAACAGGACAGGUACAUCUUCCUGUUCGAUAAAGUGGUAAUCGUGUGCAAGAGAAAAGGCUACAACUACGAGCUGAAAGAAAUCAUCGAGCUCCAGUAUUACAAAAUGUCAGACGACCCCACAAAUAACAGGGACAUGAAAAAGGCCAGUGGAAAGAUGUGGUCGUACGGAUUCUACCUGAUCCAUCUGAAAGGCAAGCAAGGCUUCCAGUUCUUCUGUAAAACAGAAGACACCAAAAGAAAGUGGAUGGAACAGUUCGAGAUGGCCAUCUCCAACAUCAAGCCAGAGAGAGCCACGGCCAACCAGCACGACUUCCAGAUGCACACGUUUGAAAAGAACACCAACUGCAGAGCCUGUAAAAUGCUCCUUAGGGGGAUCUUCUAUCAGGGUUACUACUGUUCCCGCUGUGGCACCGGCGCCCAUAAAGAGUGCCUGGAGGUCAUCACCAUCUGUAAAAUCAAUCCCCAUGAUUCGGAUGUUGAACUUCCACAGUCAGGUCCAAAGAUGGUUGCAAUCAGGAACUACCAUGGCACUCCAGCUCCCCCAGGCAAGUGCCCCCUCUCCUUCCAGACAGGUGAGGUCAUUGAGCUUCUGAAAGGAGAUCCAGACACCUCGUGGUGGGAGGGGAAGCUUAUUCAAACCAUGAAGAUCGGCUACUUCCCCAGCUCCAGUGUCAAGCCAUGUCUAGACCCAAAGCCAUCUCAGUCGUACCCCAGUCGUCAGUCCUCGAGAGAGAUGGAUUACAACGUUUAUCCUUGGUUUGCAGGGAACAUGGAGAGGCAGAAGGCUGAUAACCUCCUGAAGUCUCACAGCAGCGGCACCUACCUGAUCAGAGAGCGGACCGCGGAGGCCGAGCGCUUCGCCAUCAGCAUAAAGUUUAAUGAUGAAGUCAAACACAUUAAAGUGGUCGAGAAAGACAACUGGAUCCACAUCACUGAAGCCAAGAAGUUCGAGAGCCUGCUGGAGCUGGUGGAGUAUUAUCAGUGUCACUCCCUGAAGGAGAGCUUUAAGCUGCUGGACACGACGUUACGAUACCCGUACAAGUCCAGGGAGCGCGCCAACUCCAGAGCCAGCACCCGCUCUCCAGCAGCCUCCUGUGCUUCCUACAACUUCUCCUUCCUCAGUCCUCAAGGCCUCAACUUCUCCUCUCAGAGCUCUACUCCCUUCUGGUCAGUUUUCACGCCGAAGGUGGUGAGCACUGCGGUGGCCAGGUAUAACUUUGCAGCACGGGACAUGAGAGAGCUGUCUCUGAGAGAAGGCGACAUUGUGAAAAUCUACAGCAAGAUCGGAGGAGACCAGGGCUGGUGGAAAGGAGAGGCUAAUGGCAGGAUCGGCUGGUUCCCUUCAACAUACGUCGAUGAGGAAGGCGUGCAGUGAAGCUCUGACGUCAUCUGCUCUCUCCACUCAGAUCAUCUCUCGUCCACUUCCCUCAGGGAGAGGAUUUCUUCCGUUUCCUGCAGAAAAAAAAAAACCCUUUGUGGAUUUACAUUCCUGUUUUCUUUUUCUUCUUUUUUUUGGGGGAAAAAAGAGUAAAUAUUUGUACUCCUGUUUUUUUUCUUUUUUUCUUUCAAAUCUUUUUUUUUUCUUCUCCUCCCUUCUUUCUUUUUCUUUGAGCAAUCUGUGUGAAGGAAACUGCAAACUGUUUCCGCCGGUCUGUUGGAGAAACCGAAAAGCAGAGCAGAACUUGGGCUUGAGCAGAGCAGAGCUUCUGCUGAUCCUGAAUUUGUGUAAAAAAAAAAAAAAAAAAAAAACCAGAAAAAAUAGAUCUAUAAAGAUUUCUAUGGCCAAACAGCAUGAGCUGCGCUGGUGUGUGUGUGUAUGUAUAGAUAAUUUAUUCCAGAGAACUAUCUAUGAUAUAUAAAAAAAAAAAAACAGAAAAAAAGAGUGGUAUUGAAAGUUUAUUAUGAACCUGGAAAAGAUGCACUUUGCAUUUCUUUACAGAGAAAACCUGCCUUAGUCCUUCAAAUGCGCUGGAAAUGUGCUGCGGGGGGGAAACGUUUCCCGCCUAAUGAGAACACACCUCUGCCCUCUUUAGUCAAAACGGUGCCUUCAAACAAAGUGUGGUCUAAGACUACACGUACAGGUUCUCUUUUAGCCGUCACUUCUGUAUGGAAAGCAGUCCAGCCUGGGGAACGCUUUCUGGCAAGGGAUCUGUAAGAGAACGGAGGGCGCACUGGAAAAAACAUCCAUCCUCGUCUCGGUGGAUGUGAGAGGAGACUUCUGCUAUGCAGCUUGCUUUACAGAUACGCUGAUCUCAGAGACUCGGUGCAUUGAUGUGAGGGAAAUAUGGUGGUCUCUUAGAAUCUGCAGCUUCCUUCUUCUUCUUCUUCUUUUUUUUUGGUCCAAAUUCAGAACUAAUCAGUAACACGUUUUUUUGAUUAAAUGUUUCUAAAGAAAUCCGUAAUUGUUUUCCCCUCCCAGAUUUUCUGUUGUGUAAUCGAUUAUCUUGCCUUACUGAUUGGUUGACCAAUGGUGCUGCAGUGGUGUGUUUUUAACCCGUGGGUUCGUGACAGGAUUCUGUGGACUUAAGAGCCUGCUGCUUUACCUGAACCUCAGCCAUCAAGUGCACUUUAUCCAUCAGAGACCAUGAGUCAGGCUGCAAAAAGACAAGAAAAAAAAAACAAGACGGAAAGUUCUUAUGUCACAAGAUAAACAAGGACGCUCACACAGACGGACUGCCCUUUUCUGGAAAGAAAAAAACCACGGCGUCUCUUUUGGACCCGAUUUCGAGCGGUCCCCCGGUAGAGGGAAGAGUACUACGUGAUUUUCCGACACGCUGACGAUCGAGCCUUUAUCUCUGUUCCGGACUCCUCUGGAGCUGCACUGAUAUCAGCCCGUCAUGUAAUCUACUGAAAAGCACCACAUCGCUGUGUUCCAUCACAACACUGGCACUGUUUCACAAAACACUGAUGGAAAAGAUGGAGACGGUGAGAAACGUUCACUGGCCGGGGUCCAACGCGAGACGUCUGUGCUGUUUAAAGCCGAGGAGCUUCAUCGCUGUUUGUGUAGUGCACAGAAAGCCAUUGCAUGUGCUCAUAGAUAUUACAACUCCUGUCAGUGAUCCUAAAGAAACAAAAAAACAACAACAAAAAAAAAAGAUUAAAUAAACUAAUUGUGUACUUUUUUCGAAUGGUUGGUUAUUUCCAAGCUGAAAUCUAUCACAAAAUAAAUAUUUCUUCUUUUGUCUAA